AGGCGAAGAAGGAGGAGUAAGAGAGGGGGAAAGAAAGAGGAAAAGAGUGCGAGGGAGUGAGGGAGGGAGGAAAAUAAACAACAAAAAAAUGUCCUCUUCCUCCCCCACCGGGCAGAUUGCAAGUGCGGCGGACAUCAAGCAGGAGAAUGGGAUGGAAAGCGCCUCGGAAGGGCAGGAGGCCCCCCAAGAAGUGGCGGGGGGCGCGGCGGCGGGGCUGAGCCCCCCGGCUCCAGCCCCUACCCCACUGGCCUUCUCGCCCGACCAUGUCGCCUGCGUGUGCGAGGCGCUGCAGCAGGGGGGCAACCUGGACCGCCUGGCCCGGUUCCUGUGGUCCCUGCCCCAGAGCGACCUGCUACGUGGCAACGAGAGCCUGCUGAAGGCGCGGGCGCUGGUGGCUUUCCACCAGGGCAUCUACCCUGAGCUCUACAGCAUCCUCGAGAGCCACAGCUUCGAAUCGGCCAACCACCCGCUGCUGCAGCAGCUCUGGUACAAGGCGCGCUACACCGAGGCCGAGCGAGCCCGCGGCCGGCCGCUGGGCGCCGUGGACAAGUACCGGCUGCGCAGGAAAUUCCCCCUGCCCCGCACCAUCUGGGACGGCGAGGAGACGGUGUAUUGUUUCAAGGAGAAGUCGCGCAACGCGCUCAAGGAGCUCUAUAAGCAGAAUCGCUACCCUUCGCCCGCCGAGAAGCGGCACCUGGCCAAGAUCACCGGCCUCUCCCUCACCCAGGUCAGCAACUGGUUCAAGAACCGCCGGCAGCGCGAUCGGAACCCCUCUGAGACCCAGUCCAAAAGUGAGUCAGAUGGCAAUCCUAGCACUGAAGAUGAAUCCAGCAAGGGUCAUGAAGAUUUGUCUCCUCAUCCACUCUCCGGUUCAUCUGAUGGUGUCACCAACCUCAGCCUUUCCAGUCACAUGGAGCCAGUAUAUAUGCAACAAAUUGGAAAUGCUAAAAUAUCAUUAAGCUCUUCUGGAGUUUUGUUGAACGGAAGUUUGGUACCUGCAAGUACUUCACCUGUCUUCCUUAAUGGUAAUUCUUUCAUUCAGGGACCCAAUGGAGUUAUCCUUAAUGGAUUAAGUGUGGGAAAUACACAGACAGUGUCACUGAGCCCACCAAAAAUGGCAUCAAACAUUGUGAACAAUGGUAUAUCCAUGACUGACAUACUGGGGUCUACCUCCCAGGAUGUGAAGGAAUUCAAAGUUCUCCAGAGUUCUUCAGCUAAUUCAGCAGCCACCACCUCCUACAGCCCCAGUGCUCCAGUGUCCUUCCCAGGGCUGAUACCCAGCACUGAGGUGAAAAGAGAAGGUAUUCAAACAGUGGCUUCCCAGGAUGGAGGCUCUGUAGUGACUUUUACCACACCAGUACAAAUUAACCAGUAUGGCAUCGUCCAGAUCCCCAGUUCCGGAGCAAACAGCCAAUUCCUUAAUGGGAGCAUUGGAUUCUCUCCACUGCAACUGCCUCCUGUUUCAGUGGCAGCUUCACAAGGUAAUAUUUCAGUAAAUUCAAGCACUUCAGAUGGGAGCACAUUUACAAGUGAAUCCACCACAGUCCAGCAAGGAAAGGUUUUCUUGAGCUCUCUUGCUCCCAGUGCAGUGGUAUACACUGUUCCUAAUUCAGGCCAGACUAUAGGAUCUGUUAAACAGGAGGGCUUGGAGAGGAGCCUGGUAUUUUCUCAGUUGAUGCCUGUCAAUCAGAAUGCACAAGUAAAUGCAAACCUGUCUUCUGAAACUAUCUCGGGGAGUGGCCUACACCCACUGUCCUCCUCAUUAGUUAAUGUAUCCCCAACUCAGAAUUUUUCCCUGACUCCCCCUACUCUACUAAAUCCCACUGAGCUAAACUCUGACAUUGCUGGUAGCCAGCCAAUGUCUGCACCUGUGGCAAGCAAAUCUACUGUGACAUCUGUCAGCAACACUAACUAUGCAACUCUUCAGAACUGCUCCCUUAUUACUGGUCAAGAUCUAUUAUCAGUCCCCAUGACCCAGGCUGCCCUUGGGGAAAUAGUUCCCACAGCCGAAGACCAGGUGGGUCACCCAUCCCCCACAGUACACCAGGAUUUUGUCAGAGAACAUCAUUUGGUUAUGCAAUCAGUAGCUAACAUAAAAGAGAAUUUCUUAACAAAUUCUGAAAACAAAGCAACAAGCAACUUAAUGAUGCUGGACUCCAAAUCCAAGUAUGUCCUAGAGGGCAUGGUUGAGACUGUCUGUGAAGACCUGGAAACAGACAAAAAAGAGCUUGCCAAGCUCCAGACUGUCCAACUGGAUGAAGAUAUGCAAGAUUUGUAAACUUAAUUUUGUGUUUCCACUCCCCCCCCCCCCCCGCACUGGCAUCAGCAGGCAAAUCUUUCCAUGAAGCCCUGAGGACAUAAAGCAUUUUCCCAUUUAAAGGGAAACACUAGUUUUACAAGUAAAUGCAUUCAAGAGACUUUGGAUUGAUCUGCAUGAAGAUCACAGUUAAAUAUGCAGGAGUAGAACUGCAUUACUGCAACCUUUUUCUUCACAUAUGUUCUCUUUUAAAUAGAUGGAGACAGAGGAACAAAAUGACAUAGAUCAAGAAAUCAAAGUGUAUCAUUUGGUUGACUUAAUAUAAUUCUAAGGUCAGAUGUAACUUGAUAAAUAGUUUUUUUUUAAUUAAAAGUGUAUACACUUAAGGUAGAAAAUUAAAUAUUGCUACAGAGCAUUAGAAACAAUGCAGUUCUUUUUGUUUACUUUUACUCCAUGGGCAUUGGUAAGGUUAAGAAACAUAAAUGGUACUCCCCACUAUCCUAAGGGUAUAUUUUUGAAUAUAUGCUUUUCUGUUUUUCAGCAUUUUUGUGAAAGUCUUGGUUUGUCUCUAUACAUUUCCAAAUGUGAUUGCUAAUAGUUCAGUGUGGCUGAGAAAGUUUGCAACUCCACUAAAAACUCUGAAAUAAACUUCAGUGUGAGUGUAAAUAUAUUAGUCCUAUAAGCAAGGAUUUGAGUAAUUACAAUGAAUUUUAUUUAUGCUGUAUAUGUUUCUCUUAUACUUCAGACACUAUGAACUGAAAAGAAAAAUGUUUUCGUACUGUUUAAUUUAUUUUUAUUGUUUGAACAGGAAGUGAACAGUUAUUUCCAACAAAGUUUUACUUUUUGUAGGAUUUUAAAAGUAAUGAUUUUUAUCAGGAGUCUAUUAAGGUCAAUAUUAAUAACACUGAAACAGGAAAUCUAACUCCCAAUAUUGGAAUUUUGGUACUCCCCCCCCACGUCCUUUUUCUUUAUUUAGCAACUCUCUGAUUCAUUUAAAUAUAUUUUCUAUAGAAUUCUAUGUGCCUUACCUUGUGGCCUUUUUAUUAUUCUUACUAAGGUACAGAAGUGUCAACAGAAGCACUGAUGACUCUUUCCUACUAUCCAACAGGGUUAAUUUCACCACAGAAUUGCUUUAAAUCUGAAGAACUUAAGUUUCACUUAUAUUAUUGUAGAUAAUGUUUGUGAGGCAAACGGCUGAACAACUAAUUAUUAUUGAUACUUUUCAUUACAAUGAAAGUAACAGUUACAGACUACCGGGUAAAACCAAUUCUGCAGGCCAUGAAAACAACCAUUUUAAAGAAAGAAAACGUAAAUUCUAUUAAGUAGAACAUUCUGUCCUGUUGAAACUUAGUUCCAAAUAUUUUGAAACAGGUGUUACAUUAUGACAUAUGACUGUUGUUUGCACUAUGUUAUCAUGUCUUCUUUAAAAGUAAAUCUUUUGGGGUUUCUGUAAGAAGCUUGUUUGAUAAUGUUGUGAGCUGUGGUUACAGUUUUUAUCGGGACUCUGAACACAAGGUGUAACAAUGCAAAUACAUUUAUGUAGUGAGUAAAGUCUAUGGUCUCUGAAAAGCAAGAAAAGUGAGAAAAUAAUCCCUUCAGAGAUGACCGAAAGUUGUUGAACAGGAAGAUGUCACCACAUCUUGCUUUCCUUAAGAUCGGAACAAAGGGUCCACUCUAGAUCUCUGCAUGCCUAUCAGCUGAGCAUGUUGAAUAAGGGCCAUAGAGGAUUUAACUUUUCUUGUUAUUGCAAAUGGAACUUGCAGGCAUAAAUGAAGAACCCUAUGAAGAACUCCUCCCCCUUCAUUUUGAUAAAGAACUUUGAUCCCAUUUUUUAUGAAAUUGGUGAAUGUUCCUAAACUGCUGAAAGUACAUGUGUUUUAUUUUGUUUUGUUUUGUUUUACGUCAGGUGUUUCAGAAUUCUCUUCCACUCCACUGCUACUUAUACAGCUUGUUUCUUUGGGUGUGUGCUGAUCAUGUUACUGAGAUUAAUUACAUGGUUCUAUAGUGUAGUUUACAUGAAAAUGAUGUUUUCCACUUGAUUGCUGUGGAUAUCAAGAGUUUGUUAAUUAUUUUAAAAUACUCAUCCAAUAAGAAAGAUGGGAAGGUUUAAAAGGUUAUAUAUGUUAUAUAUAUAUAACUGGAAAAGUUUUAUGUCUUCCAAAAAUAUAAUAAGCCUCUCUUUUAUUCACAGUUCUUCCUCUUUUCUUCCUUGAGAAAAAGAAAAGAUAGCACAAAACUAAAGGCUUACCUAAGAAACCUAUUCAUAUUCCAACAUGAUGUAAUUAUACCCCUACAAUUACUCCAGGUAGCAACACAAUAUACCAGGUAAGACUCAAUGCACACUAUAAAGAACUUAUUGUUCUUUUCUAUUCUUUCAGUAAAAUAAGGGCCAGUUGGUAUGUAGCCCGUAUAUAUGUGAAUGAAAUAAGAUAAACCCCGUGAUCUCCUUGCACAGAAUUGCAAAUGGUUUUCUGGUUUUGGUUUUGGUUUUGGUUUUGGGUUUUUUGCAACACCAAGGGCCAAACUCAGAACCCUUGGAGUUCAUGUGGCAGAAUUUCUCUCUGACAUAAACCAAUGCUUGAAGAUGCUGCAAAUGACACCUCUAAGGAUCCCCAAAGAGGAAUCAGAAUAGGGGUGAAUAACUCUCCCUGCAAACCCCAACCCCUGUUGCUGGCUGUGGGAUUUUUGGUAGGAGCCUAUCUAUGCACUCUUAUCAGCCAGAAUGUGGCAUUUAGCUCUUAGUUACAUCCAGUAGAGGACAGUCUGUCACUUAAAGAGAAGGUGCAUUUGUUCCUCAAUCAAGCAAGAGCACCUGUCUUAUACUGCUUUAUAGCUCACUUAUAUCCAUAGUAACAAAAAGACUGAGUUGUACACAUGAUUCAGUGCCUUUCUUCUGUUAUGAAAGGCAGGUAGAUGUUAUAGCCAUAGAUAAAAUUCGUAGUUGAAUUGCACACUGACCUUAAAAUCUCCCUGUAUAUGCCCCUGUGUCUUGCAUGUUAAAAGCUGGAUUAUUGGGCAGGUGUUGCAGGCUGCCCUACUACAUGUUAGACAAGUGUGCAUUAGUACAUAACCAGAAGUUCUUCAUUCUUUAAGAUGUUUUUGACAGAUCAUCUCAUCAUAAAAAUAUAAAUAAUUCAGGAAAACUGUGGGGAAAAGAAUUACAUUUUGUAAAAGUUGUUUCAAAGUCUUCCUAGAACUUAGAUGAUAGAACUUAACAGUUAUUUUGUAUCUAAUUGAUACACUUCAUGUUAAUUUAAUAUUAUCACCAUGAAUUUUAUCAAUCAAAAUUAAAUAGCAUGUGACUAUUUUGGCUUUCAGGGUCCUCAAAAUUUUUGUAUUCUUUUGUUGCAUGUACUGUAUGUUUAGAGGCAACCAAUUAUAUACUCAAUAUGGUUUUACUGUGCCUUACACAAAGAGAAAAUCUAUACAGAAUGUAUAUCAUGGGGUGGGGUAACAGAGUCUUUACUGCACUGUUAGGUGAUGGCACACAGAGCAUGUCCAAGAACAUUUCUGUGCUUAAUUACCCAACCAAAGAGAUCUAAAGUAUGUAUGUUGUACUGUAAUAGGGGUUUAUGCCUGGACAAUUGUUUUAUUUGUUUUCUGAAAUGAUGUGAACUUAUUUUUCUAAACACUAUGCUAAAUAAACUUUAUAUUUAUACGUAC